AUGAACUUUAUGCUCGGCUUCUUUGUCACCGUGGUGGUGAAUCGCUGGACGACUCAAUUUGCCAAUUUGGGCAUGAUAGACAACAUCGCCCUCUUCACAUCGCAACUAGUUAAAGGAAAUGAUGAUCGAGGCAAAAAUCUUCGCAGAAACAUCGUCAGAUAUUGCGUCGUGUCACAAUGUCUUGUAUUUCGUGAUAUUCACCUCGGAGUUAGACGACGAUUUCCUACUUUAGAGACAAUGGUAGCUGCA